AUGGCCCGCCCGAGACAGUCGCCACGCUUCACCCCGUCAGUAGAGCUGCCGCCCCGCGGACCAGGUAGGGCUGCUGCUCGCCGCCACAUCACCUCCGUGUCCCUCGUGUUCUCUCCUCCGUGUCCAGCUCGCUCUGAGCCGACCCUGUGCUUGGAGUCCCUGAUCUACUGGCGGUGCGCGGCGCGGUCGGGGGCCGCCCUGGGCGCCGGGCUGGUGCUGCUGGUGGCGCUCGCGUGCUGCUCGGUGGUGUCGGUGCUGGCGUACUCGUCGCUGCUGGCGCUCGUGGCCGCCGUCGCCUUCCGCAUCUACAAGAACGUGCUGCAGGCCGUGCAGAAGACCAACGAGGGUCAUCCUUUCAAAUGGCUGCUGGAGAAGGACGUGAGUGUGUCGGUGGAGCGCGCCCAGUCGCUGGCCGCGUCCGCCACCGCUCAGCUGAACGCCGCGCUCGCUGAACUGAGACGGUUGUUCCUGGUGGAGGACCUGGUGGACUCGCUCAAGUUCGGCGUGCUGCUGUGGUGCCUCACGUACGUGGGCGCCUGCUUCAACGGCAUCACGCUCAUCAUCCUGGGCUGGAUAGCCCUGUUCACAUUGCCUAAGGCGUACGAGAUGAACAAGGCGCAGGUGGACGCCAACCUGGAGCUGGCGCGCGCCAAGAUCAACGAAAUCUCGGCCAAAGUGCGCGCGGCCGUGCCCCUGGGACGGAAGGCGGAGAGCGAGAAGGACAAGUAG